AUGAAUUCAACCACGACAACAGAGGCUGCACAGGUGUCUGCCCUGGAUGUCCUUAAAUACAUAGCAAAAGGCAUUGGAAGACUGUUCUAUAUCGUGUCACCCGCAGACACUACAUUUGCUCACUACAAACAAGUGCCAGAUUACAUUACAGAGGCCAUUCCCUUCUUUGUGCUGACAAUUACAUUGGAAUUCCUGACAUUGAUGUUGAAAGAUGGAGGCAAAGGUUUGAAAAAGCUGCGAUUGUGGGACGCCAAUCGAUUCUCUGUCAAUGAUGUGGUGGGCAGUGUUGGGGCGGGCAUGUUGCAGCAAUUGAGCAAGUUCUUUAUUUACAACCUCACCCUCAACUCUUACCUGUAUAUAUACGACCACUAUCGACUGGUUGAUUUGGAUCCCACCAGCUUAUGGCUAUGGAUUGUGGGCUUCCUUGUGGUUGAUCUCGGUUACUACUUGUUUCAUCGUGCAGCACAUGAAGUCAAUCUGUUCUGGGCAGGACAUGUGGUGCACCACUCGUCUGAAUUCUACAACCAAACAACAGCACUGCGUCAGAGCAUCUUGCAACCCUACACCUCUUGGCUGUUUGAUCUGCCUACAGCGCUCUUCUUGCCUCCUUCACUUUUUGUGAUGCACAAGCAAUUCAACACCUUGUUUCAGUACUGGAUCCACACAGAAGUCAUUGGUAACUUGGGGCCCUUGGAGUACAUUAUCAACACACCCUCAGCACACAGGGUGCACCAUGGAAGAAACCCUUACUGCAUUGACAAGAACUAUGCUGGCACUUUGAUUAUUUGGGAUAUUCUAUUUGGCACAUUUGAGCUGGAACGCACACCACCCGUGGAAAACAAGGACAUUGAGCCAGUAGCAUUUGGUCUGACACACCCUAUCAACACCUUUGACCCAUUCACCAUUCAAUUCCACCAUCUCUCACACGUGCUCAAGACAUGCUGGUCAACAAGAGGUAUCCAGAAUAAGCUCAAAGUGCUGUUUUAUGGGCCUGGAUGGCAUGAUGACACACCCAGAACAGGCUUGUUGGAGGAGAUCCCACCUAUUGCCAAGGACGUGCCACCGCAAAAGUACGAUCCACCUGUCUCAUUUGGUAUUAACGUGUAUGCCAUUGCUCAUUUCGCUGUGCUGAUUGUCGUCAAUGGCUUGAUUUUGGACUACAACCCUGGGGAACUCGAUUUCUCUAUAGUGCUGACCACCUCAUUGUACAUCUUUUCUACCUUGACCGUCUUUGGUUGGAUAUUUGAUCACAAACCGUAUGCUAUAGAGAGUGAAUUCGUCAGAUCUGUGCUGGUUUGUGGUAUCGUUGAGAUUGCAAAGCGCAACUCCAUCUUGCCACAAAAAAUGAUCGUAUUUCAAGCAGUGCAAUUUGCAAGUAGCUUAUGGUUGUUGGCAACUCAACGACAAGUGCUACCCAAAGCGGCCAAAGUUGAAUAA